CUGUGGCGGGUAGACACGGGCCCAGACGGGAAGGCCGCUGUGGAGUUUCUGUCUAAUCUGGCUAGACAUACCAAAGCUGUCAACGUAGUGCGCUUUAGCCCUUAUGGGGAGCUGCUUGCCUCAGGAGGAGAUGAUGCAGCAAUUCUGCUGUGGAAGCUCAAUGACUCUAAGGAGCCUGAGCAGGCACCCAUGUUCCAGGAGGAUGAAGAUGCUCAGCUCAACAAGGAGAGCUGGUCUGUGGUCAAGACACUAAGGGGACACAUAGAGGAUGUGUAUGAUAUCUGCUGGACACGGGAUGGAAACUUCAUGGUGUCUGGGUCUGUUGACAACACAGCUAUUAUGUGGGACAUCAACAAAGGACAGAAGCUGUGUAUCCUGAAUGACCAUAAGAGCUACGUGCAGGGAGUGACCUGGGAUCCUUUAGGGCAAUAUGUAGCCACUCUCAGCUGUGACAGAGUGAUGCGUGUAUACAGUACUCACACCAAGAAGAAGGCCUUCUGUAUCAGUAAAAUGAGCUCUGGGCCACUUGCAGAGGGAGAGGUCAAGCAGUACAGGAUGUUCCACGAUGACAGUAUGAGGUCGUUUUUUCGCCGUCUUUCAUUCACACCAGACGGGUCUUUCCUGCUUGCCCCAGCUGGAUGUGUGGAGAUAGGAGAAAACAUCAUAAAUACCACCUACAUCUUUUCCAGGAAGAGUCUCAAGAGGCCUAUAGCUCACUUGCCUUGUCCAACUAAAGCUACACUGGCGGUGCGCUGCUGUCCCGUCUACUUUGAACUGAGGACCAAGAAGGGAGAAGAUGGUUCAAUUGAGGCUCUUCCCAAUGUAUUCCAGUUGCCGUACCGAAUGGUGUUUGCUGUAGCAUCUGAGGACUCAAUCUACUUGUAUGACACACAGCAGACACUCCCUUUCGGUUUGGUGUCUAAUGUCCACUACCACACACUCAGCGAUCUUACAUGGUCUCGUGAUGGUUCCUUCCUGGCUGUUUCCUCCACAGACGGCUACUGCUCCUUCCUGUCCUUCUCUCCCGGGGAGCUGGGCAUUCCUCUAAAGGAGCCCCCCACCCUGGAGGUCUUUGCACCAAACAACAGCGUUGAGAAAAAGGGAAAGAAGUCGGCCAAGACCUCAUCUCCUGUGACCCAGCCACUAAGCUCGGCCCCGACUCCCGCAUCGCAAACCAGCCUUGGCAAAGACGCCCCCUCUGUCACCCCUUCAGAGGAGAAGAAGAGCACCCCCAGUGCCAAGUCUAAACCUCAACCCCGGAGGAUCACCCUCAACACCCUGGAGGGCUGGGGGAAGCCCUCUACCCCUAAAGCCACGACUCCUUCAGCACCUCAGACCCCAACAUCCGCAAGCAAAAGCGUAACCUCGACCCCACAAGCCUGUGUCGCUCCUCUCACUCCUACCAACUCCUCCACAACCCAGCCACGCAUCUCCCCCCACACUCCCACCACCCCUAAAAUCCUCAGCAGUGCUAAAACUGCUGGGCCCAUCACCCCUAAGGGUACAACAACCCCAAAGGGGCCCACCCCAAGGAGAGUAUCUUUGACUCCCGUUGCAUCCCGGUCUCCAGCUGUUAGUUCACUCUUCCGCACGCCCUCCUCCACUGAGAAGGCCAAACAUGAACGUCCUUCUCCUCCCACUGAUCCAGUGUGCCAGCCUCCAGAGUCCAAACGGCCAAAGACCAGUGAGCCCACGGCAAAAAGCAGUGUCACCCAGGCUUAGUGUUUACCGGUAACAGCGUGGUGCUAUAUCACAAGAGUGCAUACAGCAGACGGUGACGGUGAAAGAAGCUCCAGUACAAAACCACUGAGGCUCCCCAUGGGUGGAACACCACAGUGCAAUAAGCAUUGUGUUUGGGUUGAUAUAGUCUGUAUUUGAUCUAACGAGAGAUUUUUAACCUCACAUAAUGUACUCCAUUACACAACAAACUGCAUCGCAGCAAGUGUCCUUGAAUUAACUCUUCUUUUAGUCGUGUGCAUGUGUUUUGUAUCCUACAGUAAACAGGCAAUGAGAUAAUUGUAUUAUAUUUGAUUUGUUUGACAUUGAGAUGCUGAAGUGCUGUUGUAAUAAGGAAAGUUCUCUCUUUGUGUCAAUAACACACGAUUGUGAAACUAAAACUGCGCCCAAAACCUGAAUUAGAAAAACAAAAACAAAAUGAGCACUUCAAGGUUUAGUGCCUUGUCAGAACUUUGAAUAUGCAGCCUGAGUCUUAAUUUGCUGCUUGAGUAAAAAGCUCAAGAUUGUCCAGCGUUCAAGAGUCAUUUUCUCAUUGUCUAAUAAAAGAUGUUUCAUAUACCGUGCAUGUUUAAGCGGGAUGAUUCUUGCUUUCCUUAGGUGACUGUUAUUAAGAUGAUCAUUCAUAGGGUGUCUUUAUUAAACUGAGUUCGAGGCGUACGUCUCUUGAGCCAUCUUUACAGAUGCAGUGAGGAUUAGGCUAAUGAAGAAUUAAUUGUAGAUGUGCAUGGCUGUUUGUCGCAGUGUAUUCAAGACUGUAGCCAGAAUGUUGAAAUUCUGAGAUCACAACAUUUUUUACUUUGAAUUAAAAAACCAAACCCUUUUCUUA